ACAGUUGCAAUGGCUAACAUGGUCUUUGUUGGUGUUAAGGUAGCUGCUGUUUCUCUACCACCAUUACCCAUUACAAACAAUGCUCUAAGUUUCAGUUUCACCCAGAAGAGACACUUCCUUCUUCUGAAUUGCUCCCGAACCAAUAACAGAACAACGUCUUUCUCUUCUUCCUUCUCAAUCUCGUCAUCACCUCUCACAAACAAGGGUGGUUGUUCUGUGUUGGCGUGUCUCCCUCCUGCUUCGUCUGAAUCCUCAACCUCAUCAUCUUCCACUGCUAAACCCUCUUCCACUUUCCCUUCAACUAAGCUUUAUGUCAGUGGGUUAUCAUUUCGUACCACUGAAGAAAGUUUGCGAAAUGCUUUUAAGAAUUUUGGUCAACUCGUGGAAGUCAAGCUGGUGAUGGAUAGAAUUGCAAAUAGACCAAGAGGGUUUGCUUUUCUUCGGUACGCAACUGAAGAAGAAUCUCAGAAGGCUAUUGAGGGAAUGCAUGGAAAGUUUUUGGAUGGUAGGGUCAUAUUUGUUGAAGUUGCCAAACCGAGAUCAGAGCUACCGCCGCGAAACAGGGAAGGCACAAGAUUGUAAUACGAAGAACCAAAGUUUGUUCAUUUUGGUGUGCAAUAAGAACUAUUGCAGCAGUGUACUUGACACUUUAUAUAAAAGCACUCUGAUCAUGAAACUUUGUUGGCUCCCUCCUACCUCCCCAACUGAGGCUGCAUUGGAACUCAUUUGUAAACCAACUGUCAUUUCAUUACCCGGCUCUAUAUUAUCAGAAUUUAUUACUAA